UCACAGUCCCUCAAGAAAAGAAAUUCAAGGCAGGUGAUGACCUGGUUCAUAGGAGAGCAAAAAUAGAUUAUGAAAGUACUCACAAGGAAUUGUUGAGACAGCUGGGAAUGUCUGACUUGGAGAAGAGUCUAGGUAAAAGUAGGCAUUACCACUAUUUGUCUUAGAAGAGAGUUGGGUUUAUCCAACACGCAGAGCCAAGCAGAAUACUAAUGCGUAGAAGGUAUAGCAAGAGCAAUCUGGCUUUCUUAACAGGCAGAAUUUUCCAAAGGCAGAGUGGAUAGAAAGCCCCCAUCACAUAAAGGGCCCUGCCUCUGACAACCCUGGAGGCACAAUCACAGGACAUCUGUAUGAAUGGCCCUGCCUGGAAUCACAGAGGCACAGCCUAAGACGCCGCAUAGAGGCAGCCCUGGAGCACACCUGGGCUAGAUGACAAUUUAGGGGAAGUAUUCUAGCACAGAAAGACCCCUUAUUGAUCCCUUCCAGUCUUGAUAGUCAAACAUUCUCUGUUCUUAAAGAAAACAUCCCAGAUAAUAAUAAGCAAGUGAAUUUGAAGAAAGACUGCACCAAGGUCUGGUUUCAGGUGGGAUGCAGAGAUAGGUAAAAGCUCUCCAUAGUAACUUCCAGUUGUGGACUCUUAAGAUGGUAAAUACUUUUUUCUCUCUCUGAGCAGAGGCUGGGACAUUUACUUAACACGUGACACUGAAGAAACCAAAGAUCUUCAGUUCUGAAAUCUCAAUUUCAUUCUCAUCUUCAGGUCGACCAGCCAUAUUGAGCUUAUGGCCAAAAGAAAUCUUAGCGCUGUGACAGAGUUUAUUCUUGUAGGCUUCACAGAUCACCCUGAACUGGCAGUUCCUCUCUUCCUAGUGUUUCUCAGCUCCUAUCUUGUCACUCUUCUGGGGAAUGUAGGCAUGAUUAUUCUAAUCCAAGUGGAUGUCCAACUCCAUACCCCCAUGUACUUCUUCCUGAGCCACCUUGCCUUCCUGGAUGCCUGCUAUGCCUCAGUAAUCACCCCUCAGAUUCUGGCCACACUGACCACAGACAAGUCGGUCAUCUCCUAUGGCCACUGUGCUGCACAGUUCUUUCUCUUCACCAUCUGUGCAGGCACGGAGUGUUACCUGCUGUCAGUAAUGGCCUAUGACCGCUUUGUUGCCAUUAGCAAUCCACUGCGCUACAACAUGACCAUGACUCCAGGUACAUGCAGGGUCUUAUUGGCCAUGGCCUACAUCUGUGGGGUGUCAGGGGCCAUUCUGCGUACCACGUGCACCUUCACCCUCUCCUUCUGUGGUGACAAUCAGAUCAACUUCUUCUUCUGUGACCUCCCACCCCUGCUGAAACUUGCCUGCAGCAGCAUGACACAAACAGAGAUUGUCAUUCUCUUUUUUGCAAAAUUCAUGUUCCUAGCCAAUGUCAUGAUUAUCCUGAUCUCCUACAUGCUCAUUAUCAGAGCCAUUUUGAGGGUGGAGUCAGCAGGUGGGCAAGCCAAGGCCUUCUCCACCUGCACUUCCCAUCUCACCACUGUUGUCCUCUUCUUUGGGACACUUGCCUUCAUGUACCAAAGAACUAACUCUGACAAAUCCUCAGAGGAAGACAAGAUAGUGUCUGUCUUUUACACUGUAAUCAUCCCUAUGUUGAACCCCUUGAUCUACAGUCUGAGGAACAAAGAUGUAAAAGCUGCAUUCAGAAAAGUCAUUGGCAAAUUCCAGUUUCCAAGGAAUGUAGCUUUCAGCGAGGGUCCUUCAUCGUGACCCAUCUUUUCUACAGGUCUUCAUAUUCCAGUGGGCAUCAACACCAGAUGCUUUCCCCCACCAGUGUACAGUAGGUAGCUUUCUUCCUACUGCAGCUGGAAGUGUGCAGGAACUACCCAUCCUUAGAGAAAAAUACAAGUUUCAUGAUGUUUGUUUGGAUGACUUCCUCUCCCUCCAUUUUCUUCCCCCCUCUCUCUUUAGCCCUCUCAAACUUUGUGGGUUCUAGUGCUACUCCCUGGCACCACAGAAAUAGAAAGUAGCAUAGUCAUAAGUGAACUGACACCACAGCUUACUUCCUAACUCAGCCAUGGUUGGGUUUCUCAGUUGCUCUUACUUAUUCUUUUGUUACUGUGCUCAUUGAUACUGACUUUUACUCUUUGUAGAAAAUUAUAGCUAUAAAUUGUA